AUGCCGCAGUCAUCAUAUCCUGCUCAGGUUUCGAUUGAUGGCUAUGGUAAUUGCCAGGCCCACGAUCGACCCUUAUCUGGACGAUGCGUAAGGUACAGGGAUUGCAUAAGUGCCAUAAGGUCAGCCCCUCAAGUAACGCCAUUACUCUGCCCAUCGCCAUGGCCUGAGCAAUUGGUAUGUUGUCCACACGGGGGCUAUGUGGUGCAGACGCCCAGACUUCGUAAGAGCGAGGAAGCCUGCUUGAACGCUUACCCAAGGGGGCAUCAUAAGCGACGUCGUCGUCGUCGCCGUCACAGUAAUAAUUCUAAUCAAGACCAAUUAGAGGUGGUUGAGCCAACUAUCCAGCGACGCAAUCAGAGCGACAAUUUCUUGGUCGGUGGUAGACUCACCCUAGCAAAUGAGUAUCCAUAUAUGUGUGCCUUGGGCUGGCCAUCCCGCACCGACAGAUGGAUUCAAGGGCCGAAAUUCGCUAGACGCAGGUACACCUUUAAUUGUGGCUGCGUCAUGAUUUCGGCACGGUUCGCUUUAACGGCCGCCCACUGUGCCAACGUCGGCGGGGAAUCCCCUUCUGUGGCAUUGAUCGGAGGCGGUGACUUGAACAGCUCCCGCGAUCAGUUAAUCGAAAUCAGACAUAUAACCAAGCACCCGGACUUUGACGACGAGAGUUUAACCAACGACCUGGCUGUGGUCAAACUGGGCAGGAGAUAUAACAAGAACAUAGCCUGUCUAUGGAAUCACGACUCCUUGCCAGAGAGUCCGUUGGCUGCCCUGGGGUAUGGGCAAACCAAGUUCGCUGGUCCUCACUCCAAUGAACUGCUGCAAGUGAUGUUGUAUCCCUUGGACAUUCAUCAAUGUCAGAGAUUUAUGGAAUCCAAUGACAAGCUGAAAAACGGACUAGGACCCGAUCUCUGUGCUGGAGAUUACUCGGGCAACAUGGACACUUGUCAGGGUGAUUCUGGGGGACCCUUGCUAUACCAUCAACAUUUGCGUCACUAUCACCACACACGAAUACCUUAUGUGGUGGGAAUCACUUCCUUUGGAGGAGCCUGCGCCACUGGACAACCCGGGGUUUAUGUGCGGAUCAAGCACUACCUUCAGUGGAUAGAGGAACAGGUGUGGUCAUAACCCAGUA